UUGCCGCCAACUUGCCCCCCGUGCGAGCCAUGGCCCCGACGCCGCCGGCGGCGCAGCCGCUGCUCGAGGCCGGCGGCGCUGACCGCGGGAGCCCCGGCGGCCGCGGUGUCUGCUUCAGGCGUUGCUGCCGCGGGAGCCUCCUCAUCGUCGCCUUCUUCUGCGCCCUGCUCCUCGCAAGUUGGCUCAGGUGGGUGCUGACGUUCUCCAGCUGCGAGCCCAGGGCGCCGUUGGGGCCGCCGGUGGACUGGGAGUUCUCUCGCGAGGACACGGCGUCGUGGAUGCUCGCGGAGGAGCGGGGCAGGAAGGCCGUCGUCGAGGGGCUGCCCAGGGAGGUGGACGUCGUCGUGGUGGGCGCCGGCUACGCGGGCCUGACGGCCGCGCGCGAGCUGUCCAGGGCCGGCAGGCGUGUGGCGGUGCUGGAGGCGCACGGGCACGUGGGCGGCAGGGUGCUGAACGUGGACCUGUCCGACAUCCGCCCCGGCGCCGGGUAUGCGGAGGUGGGGGGCCAGUGGCUCGCCACGCGCGAGGAGCAGCCGCACGCCUGGCGGCUGAUCGUGGACGAACUCAACAGCAGCCUGGUGGAGUGGGGCCUCACGCCGGUGCCCGGCGACAGCUACGUGUUCAGCGGCGCGUUUCCCGAGGGCGUCCGGUACGGUGCAAGCAGUGCGAAGGGCCUUUGGGGAGCCGCCAGGCUGCUGUGGUCUCACUGGGUCGAUGUCGUCGACGUCAUCUUCACCUACCGGCUUAUGGACACGAUGCGCUCGCAGAUCUCGCAGGGCUUCGCCUGGCGCAGCAAGCCUGACCUGGAGAGUUGGCUGUGCGACACGGUCGGCGCGCGAGAGGCGCGCAACUGGCUAAGGUCGACCGAGCUCAUCGUCCUCUCGAACGAGCCCAGCACCUGGUCGACCCACUCCGCCGUGAGGAUGCAGGGGGGCGGCCACUGGAAGAGGGAGCUGACCUCGGCACAGUCCUACCGGAUCAAGGGCGGGAUGGCGGCGCCGCUCAAAAGGCUGGCGGCGCAGCUUGGCGAUGUGGUGAGGGUGGGGAUGCCAGUGACGCACAUCGCCCAGGACAGCGACGGAGUGUCAGUCACUGUCGAGCCAGUCGGGCACCCGUCUUCGCUGCAGAUCCGCUGCAAGUUCCUUGUGAUGACAGGAUCGCCCCGCGCCACAUCUGCCAUCGGCUUCUCCCCGCCCCUGCCGGCGGGGAAGCACGAGAUACUGAGGCACAUCCAGAUGGGAACCAACGUCAAGGCGCAGCUCGUCUACGACUCGCCGUGGUGGCGCGACGCCGGGUGCUCGGCCCAGAGCAUGUCGAACACCAAUGUCCUGGCGCAUAGCGAGUCUCUCCACCUGACCGCCUGCAUCGACAACACGCCUCAGGGAGUGCCCGACCCAGUGGGAGUGGUCGUCUGCUUCUGCGGAGGGGAGUGCGCUCGCAAGAUGAUGCGCUUGCCGCAGGCGGCUCGCGAGAGGGAGAUGGCCGCCUACCUGGCGAGGCAGCUGGGGCCCAGGGCCCUCACGCCGCUCAGGUACGUCGACUUCAACUGGAUGGGCGACCAGUACACAGGAGAGCGCGUACACGAUCGUCGUGCCUCCCGGGGACGUCGGACAGCACAACCUCACGAGCCUGCGCGACAGCUUCGGCCGGGUGCGCUGGGCCGGCUCGGACUACAGGCCCCUGGAGUCGGGCGAGACCGGGUACGUCAACGGAGCCGUGGCGGGCGGCGUCGAGGUAGCUGCUGAGCUUCAUGGGCUCUUGUGAGCACGAGCACUUUUUUUUUGUUGGGGGUGGAGGGCAAAGGGUGCAAUCUGAAGUGCUGCUUCGAUGGAUGUUCGAGGCCUGGAUCUGCAAAAGGCGAGUCACGGGACGCAUUGAUCUUCGAGGUUCCAACGCCCGUGUGGAUUUCACCCUGAGCCCUCCACCCUAAGGAAAUCCUCAGGAGCACUGCUCCCCAGGCGGCUCCUCCGGCGCCGCCCCUGGCGCGCUCCGCGCGCCAGGGAGGGGUGUCCGGCGCAGGUCCAGGAAAUCCGUGCGGACCGCGGAAAGUUUAUGUUGAUGUCGUCCUUUCUUCUUCUACAGAUGGGGCCUCUGAGUGAGCUGUCCCUCAUGGCAGAGACUGCAAAAAAAC